AUGGCCAAAAAGGCGAUCGACUCAAGAAUCCCAUCGCUCAUCAGAAAUGGUGCUCAAACGAAACAGAGAAGCUUCUUCGUGAUUGUAGGCGACAGAGCUCGUAACCAGUUGCCCAACCUUCACUACCUAAUGAUGAGCGCUGACCUAAAAAUGAAUAAAUCGGUGUUAUGGGCUUACAAGAAGAAACUACUAGGGUUCACUUCACACCGCAAAAAGAGAGAAGCCAAGAUCAAAAAGGAGAUCAAAAGAGGAACUCGUGAAGUCAACGAGCAGGAUCCGUUCGAAACUUUCAUUUCUAACCAAAACAUCAGAUACGUAUACUACAAGGAGACCGAAAAGAUCCUGGGUAACACCUACGGGAUGUGUAUCCUGCAAGAUUUCGAAGCACUCACACCAAACUUACUCGCAAGAACUGUGGAAACAGUUGAAGGUGGUGGUAUUGUGGUUAUUCUGCUGAAGUCGAUGUCAUCGCUCAAGCAGCUGUACACCAUGUCCAUGGACAUUCAUUCUAGAUACCGUACCGAAGCCCACUCCGAUGUCGUAGCUAGGUUCAACGAGCGUUUUAUUUUGUCCUUGGGUUCGAAUGAGAACUGCCUGGUAGUCGAUGACGAACUUAACGUUUUGCCAAUCUCAGGUGGAAAGAAUACUAGACCACUGCCUCCAAAGGACGAUGACGAAAUCCCACCCAGACAGCAAGAACUCAAUGAGCUCAAAGAGUCACUUGAGGAUGUUCAGCCUGCAGGGUCGCUGGUUGCGCUCUCGAAAACCGUUAACCAAGCGCAGGCUAUCCUGAAUUUCGUGGAUGCCAUUUCCGAAAAAAAGCUCAACUCCACCGUGGCUUUGACAGCUGGUAGAGGUAGAGGUAAGUCUGCUGCUCUUGGAAUUGCUAUCUCGGCCGCAGUUUCCCAUGGCUAUUCCAAUAUUUUUGUCACUUCUCCCUCACCGGAGAACUUGAAGACAUUAUUUGAAUUCAUUUUCAAAGGGUUUGAUGCUUUAGGAUACCAGGAGCACAUGGAUUAUGACAUUAUUCAGUCUACCAACCCAAGUUUCAACAAGGCUAUUGUCAGGGUCGACAUCAAGAGAAGCCAUCGCCAAACUAUUCAGUAUAUUGUGCCCAACGAUUGUCAUGUGCUAGGCCAAGCUGAACUGGUGGUUAUUGACGAGGCUGCUGCAAUUCCUCUACCAGUUGUUAAACAGUUGCUAGGUCCUUACCUUGUGUUCAUGGCCUCUACCAUAAACGGUUACGAGGGCACAGGAAGAUCUCUGUCCUUGAAACUGAUUCAGCAAUUGAGAAACGAGGCAAAUACUUCGGGAAGAGAAUCCUCCGAAACUAUGGUUGUCUCUAGAGACAACAAAAAGCAAGAGUCUCAUAUUUCUGGACGCACGCUGAGAGAGGUGGUACUGGACGAGCCUAUUAGAUACGCCCCUGGCGAUCCUGUAGAAAAAUGGCUCAAUAAACUCUUAUGUUUGGAUGUCACACUCAUGAAGAAUCCAAGAUUUGCUGCGAGAGGAACGCCUCAUCCUUCAGAAUGCAACUUAUUUGUCGUGAACCGAGACACAUUAUUUUCCUACCAUCCCGUUUCUGAGUCUUUCUUGGAGAAAAUGAUGGCUCUCUAUGUCGCCUCACACUACAAGAACUCUCCCAAUGAUCUACAGUUGAUGAGUGAUGCCCCUGCGCACCAACUUUUUGUUCUACUUCCACCAAUCAACCCAAAAGAUGGCGCCAGAAUCCCAGAUCCUCUGGUAGUAAUUCAGGUGGCACUAGAAGGUGAAAUUUCGAGGGAGAGUGUUAAAAGCUCACUUUCGCGCGGCCAGCGUGCAGGAGGUGAUUUAAUUCCUUGGCUGGUUUCUCAACAAUUUCAAGACGAAGAGUUCCCUAGCCUCAGUGGAGCUCGCAUUGUGCGCGUUGCCACAAACCCUGAAUAUUCCUCAAUGGGGUACGGUACCCGUGCUGUCGAACUUUUGAGGGACUACUAUGAAGGAAAAUUUACCGAUUUGAAUGAAGAUACAACUCCGAAAGCACAUGAGCUAAGAAGACUGGACGAUAAAGAUUUAGCCUCUGCCAACUUGCUGAAAGACGACAUUAAACUCAGAGAUGCGAAGACGUUGCCUCCUUUACUUUUGAAGCUGUCUGAACAAGCUCCCCACUACUUGCACUACUUAGGGGUUUCCUACGGACUAACGAGCAGUUUACAUAAGUUUUGGAAAAAUAACCGCUUCAUCCCAGUUUACCUGCGCCAAACAGCCAAUGACCUAACCGGUGAACAUACGUGCGUUAUGCUGAAUGUUUUAGAAGGAAGAGAGUCUUAUUGGCUUUCUGAAUAUGCCAAGGACUUCCAAAAGAGGUUUUUAUCCCUCAUGUCGUAUGAUUUUAGGAAGUUCACCGCUGUACAGGCCCUAAAUGUGAUAGAAAGUGCCAAGAAGGCUCAAACUUUGAACGAAGAUCAGAAACCCGUUCUUUCCAUGAACAGGGCUGAAAUCGAUUCUGUGCUUUCACCAUUUGAUCUCAAAAGACUUGACAGUUAUGCCAACAACUUACUGGAUUACCAUGUUAUUGUUGAUCUUUUGCCUCUGCUUUCUGCACUACACUUUAGAUCCAGAACCCAAGGGGGUGUGAGCUUGUCAAGUGUACAAGGCGCUAUUUUACUGGCUGUCGGUCUACAGCACAAAAGUUUGGAUGAUAUUUCUGCGGAAUUGAAUCUACCUUUUAACCAAACAAUCGCAAUGUUUGCCAAGAUCAUACGCAAGUUCUCAGUCUAUUUCCGGGAGGUUUUGAGUCAGUCGAUCGAGGAAUCUCUGCCAGAGGUACGCGACCAAGCUGUGAAAGAAAUGGAUGGUGAUGAGGCGCAAGACUUGGAUGCUGCGGGUGCCAUGAACAAAAUGGAUCAAGAGCUCGAAGAGGCCGGGACCCGUGUCAAUUCUGAAAUGCGUGAAAAGCAACGUGAAUUAAUCAACUCUUUGAAUCUAGAGAAAUACGCAAUUGAUGACAAUACCGAGGAGUGGGCUCAAUCAAAACAUGAUUUGGAUCGCGCUGUGAAGGCAAAGGGCACAGCUGCUGUAAAGUCCAACAAGAAGAGAAAAACUGAAAAAGCACAAGACAUUUACAAGGAAGAGAUGGGCGCUUUGAAGCGCGCUAAGAAAAAGUCAAGUAAAAAUUGA